CUCUCUCUUUUCUGGGCAGUUUGGUGGAGGAAGUGACUCCUGUGUGAUCCGCUGCUCGGCGUUACCAUUCUGACGUGCUCUUGUGUCAUUGUGCCUAAUCUGUCUCACUGCCUUGCAUGUAUGAGGACUAAUUCUGAAGUUCGGUAGUCGCGACUGUUCCCAAACGUUCGGCAGUUGAGAUUGUGAAGUCACUGAUCCAGCAGAGAUAUGGACAAAAACGAUGAGGCAACGCUCGAGGAAUCCAUGUCGAGUGUAAAGUGUCCUGAAGGUGACAGCGGGGCGGCGGAGAGGAGAGUCAGAGGCAAGCAUGUUAUUUUCAUGAUGGUGGUGGCUCUCACUUCCAUCCUGCAGGGCACAGUCACCAAGGGCUGGACCGCCGUACUGCCCAAGAUGCAGGACGACCCUCACAGCUUCGUGAAUACCGACAGUGACGUGGCGUGGUUGGUGUCCAUGACGUCCGUCGUUGGUAUCCUCGCCUCGCUGGCCACAGGGCCACUGGUAGAGUGGGCGGGGCCUCGCAGGUUGUUGGCCAUCGCCAUGGCGGUGAGUACUGGCCUGUGGCUGCUGAUGGUCUUCCCGCCCAAUAAGGUGGUGUUCUUUGCCGCCAGGGCGGGGCUCGCCGCCUGCGCCUACGUUAUUUCCACAAUCUCGCUGCCACUACUGGCGGAAAUGAGUCCAAACAAUGUUAGAGGAUCUGUGUCGACUCUGUCAGAAGUUGGAGGGUCGACUGGUGUGCUUUACGGCUACCUGGUGGCGUUCCUCUUCCCUUGGAAGAUUGCCACGGGGCUGUGCACACUAACGGCCGCCCUGCUGUUCCUGCCCUUGUGGCUCGUGCCUGAGUCGCCGUACUGGCUGGUGAGGAGAGGCAGACUGGAUGACGCCAAGGCGUCGCUGCAGCGGCUGAUGGGCUCCAAGGCUGCGAAAGCUGUGGAGGAGGAGAUGGAAGCCAUCACCAACCGGCCCACAGCGACCCAAACUUCCCUUCUGCAGCAGGAGGCAAGGAGUCCAUGGCAGAGUUAUAGCAGCCUCAUCAUGACAGUUGACAGCAGUCCUAAGGCAGCGGCCGGGUCCGUCUCGGUAAAGCAGCUCGCUAUGGUGACGGUGGUGGGCUUCUGUUCCUUGACGCAGGGCACGGCCACCAAGGGCUGGACCGCUGUGGUGCCAAAGAUGGAGGAAAACCCUCACAACUUUGUUAUCACUGAGAACGACGUGGCCUGGCUGGUGUCCAUGACGUCCAUCAUCGGGAUAUUCGCCUCACUUGCCACGGGGCCGCUGGUGGAGUGGCUGGGACCGCGGCGGGUCAUGAGCAUCGCUAUGGGCCUGUGCAUCGUCUUCUGGCUGGGUCUCGCCUUCCCGCCCAACAAGCCUCUGCUCUACGUCACCAGGGCGGGACUGUCUGUCUGCGUGUACAUUAUCGUCACCAUCCUCAACCCGCUGGUGGCAGAGCUCAGUCCACACAAGUUCCGGGGUCUCGCCGGGAGUUUCACUGAGAUCUCUGGGGCGUUGGGUGCUCUCGUCGGGUACCUGCUGGCUUUCCUCGCGCCCUGGGAGGUGGCCACGGCGCUGUGCACGCUCACCGCCGCAGUGGUCUUUUUGCCGCUGCUGUUCGUCACUGAGUCGCCGUACUGGCUGGUGAGGAGAGGAAGAUUGGAUGACGCCAAGGCGUCGCUGCAGCGGCUGAUGGGCCCCAGGGCUGAGGUGGAGGAGGAGCUAGCUGCCAUGACCAAGCGGCCCAGUGCGACCCAAACCUCCCUCCUGCAGCAGUUCACGGAGCUGCGGAAGGGGCAGAACUUCCGGCCAGUGGUGCUGGUGCUGAGCUUCUUCGUGCUGCGGGAGCUUGGUGGCCGAAGCUGCAUCAUGAUGUACACGGUGUACAUUUUUCGUGACGCCGGGGUGGAGCUGGACGCCUUCACGUGCACCGUGCUGGUGGGCGUUGCUCGGCUGGUGUGCACGUGCGUGACCGCUGCCGUGCUGGACCACGUGGGGCGGCGGCCGCUGCUCAUCAGCACCGCCGUGGUGGCUUCGGUGUCCCAGAGUGUGUGCGGGCUGUUCCUGUUCCUGCAGCUGCCGGGAGCGUCCAUGGUGCCGCUCGUCGCCGUGCUGGUGUACAUCGCCGCGUACGGCACGGGCGUGGGACCCAUUCCGUGGGUGUACGUGGGGGAGCUGGUGCCCUCCCCAGUCAGGUCCCUCGGCGCCUCCAUCAUCACGGCGUGCGACGCGUUCGUCGUCUUCAGUAUUAACUUGGCUUUCCUGAGAAUCAUCGACGCCAUUGGUCUGGCAACGACAUUCUCAAUAUUUGCAGUACUGAAUUUCCUCAUUGGCGUCCUUGUGUGCCUGUGGAUCCCUGAGACGCGGGGUGUGCCUCUGCAGGAACUGGAUGACGUGUUUUCCCUGAAGAAGACUCCUUCACAGAAUAGUCAGGACAAGCCCGGCGAGACCACAGAGGAGAGGCUGAGUGACCUUUGACUGAGUAAGCUUUGGACUCCACACAUCGUUUACAUAGGUCACCUUAGAGCAGUGGUUCUCAAACUUUUUUCUGUCAUUUCCCUGUGCAGCCAGUUCAACCAUCCAGAUUUCCCCCUUCAUAUGUAUGAGAGAAAGAGCAGUUAAAACACACUGAGACUAUUUACUAAUCUAUUUUUCAAAUGUACAAAUAUACUGAUAAACUUAUAGUUACAGAGUAAAGUGGAUAGAGGGCAGUUAGUAACAACUAAGCAUAGCCAUAGAGAGCGGUUAGUAACAAAUAAAAGGACUUUUGAUUUUGACUUUGAGAUCUUUCUAGUUAGUAGGUAGUGUAAUUAUUUCCCCUCUGGUAGCUUCAGAUUUCUCCCCAGGGAGAAGUUUCCCCCAGUUUGGGAACCACUGCCUUAGAGAAACACUACAGACAGAUUAACUUUAAUAGAAUGUUAACGGAAUGCAUUCUUAUCUACUGUUUAUUUCUUCAGUGUCCCAUUAUAAGCUCAGUCCGGCGGGGGUAUCGUGGCUCGGUCCACACUUCUUAUAGUAUUGCAUGCAUCAUUUGUGUCUUCUCUUGUGUCAGAAGUGUUCAUGUUUCUCACGGAAGGGGCCGAUGAGAACUUUCGUCCGCCGCGCGCAAUGCUAAAUAUGAAGAAAUACAGACUCUAUAAUA